AUAAAUCUAUAUAACAAUCAACAAUAGCAACAAGUAGACAGCUGGGAGGAUGGAUGCUGUUAAGAUAUUCGUCCUAUUCUUAUUUAAAUUAUCACGUUUCGUUUAAUAAUUAUGUAUAAUUAAAACUAUAAUUAUCGUACACGUUAUCAGUGAAAAGUUAGUGAUUGUGAAACUGUUAAAAAUGGAUGAAUCCGGUAUUGACAUGGGAUACGAUCUCGCUUCUCUAUUAACGAACGAUUUUAAUAUUGACCAGAGGAUUUUCGACGGAAUGAACACCACUCAGCCUCACCAGGAUUUCAUGUUUUACGAGCUUAAGUCCAAAGCCGUACCAGUCACCGAAAGUCCGCCCACAUUCAAGACGCUCACGCCGACGUCGCGCACUCAGCUUAAGCAACAGUUGAUGCGAGAGCAUGCGCAGGAGCAACUGCGCAGAGAAUCGCUACAAGCACAACAAGCGGGCCAGUCCAAAGAUAAUGAAGACAAAAAGAAGUCCAGUCCAACAGAUGUGCCGAGGAUCACGCCGAACGUGGAGCUACCGCCGCAAGUGUUGCAGGUGCGAACAGUUCUGGAGAAUCCCACCCGGUAUCACGUGAUCCAGAAGCAAAAGAGCCAGGUGCGGCAGUACCUGAGCGAGUCCUUCACACCACAGCCGCAGGUAGCAGGAGCAGCCCGAGGGGCACCAGUACAAAGCGCUCCGGAAUUGGGAACCAGAGCGCCUUCACCCGAUAGAGCCUCCACGUCUAGCCUACUGAGCCCUGGGAUCUGUUCUGCGGGGGCUAAUUCCGAAGCAGACGAGUUCCUCGAAGACAUCCUGUCUCUGGAUAGCGGCGCUGGCCCGCUGUCUUCAUCAGAACCUGCCUCCACGGCCAGCUCAGUGGCAGGCGACUGUGCCUUAUUAUCUGAUGCGGAUAUGCACGCCCUGGCCAAGGACAGGCAAAAAAAGGACAACCAUAAUAUGAUCGAACGUCGAAGACGCUUCAACAUAAACGACAGAAUAAAGGAACUGGGCACCCUUUUGCCGAAGACCAACGAUCCCUUCUACGAAGUCAUAAGGGACGUCAGACCAAACAAGGGUACAAUACUUAAGAGCAGCGUGGAUUACAUCAAGUGUUUAAGAGAUGAAGUGAACAGGUUGAAACAGAGCGAACAGAGACGGAAACAGAUUGAAUUGCAUAAUAGAAAGUUAAUGUUAAGGAUACAGGAACUGGAACACUUAGCAAGGCUCCACGGUCUCCCGCUAAGCGAGGGCUGGUCGUCCCCGCAACACGACGAAGACUCCCCAGAAGCAUCCGCAACACCAGCAGCGCCCGCAGCAUCCGCAGCGUCCGCAGCGUCCACAGCUUCUGUGACUUCGGCGACCUCCGCAGCAUCCGCAGCACAGCAAUCUGCACCGCCGGAGGUGGUCCUACCCAAAACCGAACCCGCUCCCCUCAUGGAAUUAAGCGAACCUCCAGACUUGCUAAGAGACACACCAGCUGGAGAAGCACUUUCAGCUCUAGACGCCCUAGACGGUCUCAAACUUGGGUCCUGUUCGCCUCUCAGUCGCGAGGGUCUAUCGCUGGGUUGUCUGGAGACCGACAUGUGCCUCGAACCCGUUACUGACCAUCUUUUCAACCACAAGGAUGUUAAGAUGAGACUGUCUCCGACGCCCGGUCUGCUGGGCGGUGACGAAAACGAUGCGGUUCUAAACUUGGCACAGAUAGAAGACCUCAUGGACGAUGACUCACACAACCCCGUCACGCAAGGUUAUUAUUAUUUUAAAAUAAAAUUAACUAUAUUAUUAAUAAAUUUAUCUAAAUUUAUGAUAUUGUCCACAGGUGACCCCAUGCUAUGCUCAUCACCCACCGCUCUUGGGUUGGGAGCCGCGCUGCUACAUGUCGACCUCUCGCAUGGUUCAUCACUAUUAUCAGAGAAUGGAAUGUCGCUCGGACUAGGCGGUCUAGGCCUAGGUCUCGGAGAAAACCUACCCUUACUACUAGGUGCUACCCACGCUCCACACUCCCCCCACGCGCAUCCUAGACCCUGCUUCGACAUGGACUUAGGAGCCUAGACGAAAAUGUGCCUAGACUAUAACCUAGGUUAUGAUGGACAAUAAGCUUAACCGGUAAUGUGAUAUUAAUCGUGAUCGAUUUUACCGGAUUUUUAGUCUGUUUUAUGUAACAUUUGUAUAUGGCCUAUAUAUACAAUACUUUUGAUAAUUAUUAUACAAAUAUGUAUUCGAAUUUAAAAUUAAAUUUUGUGAAUCAUGUUUGCAAUAUAUAUAUACUAUAAUUUAAAUUAUACAAUGUAUAAUUACAAUUAUAUUCUUCAGAAUUAAGUCGAAAUUUUAUAAUGCAAUUUAAGCGAAGGAAAUGCCAAAGAUAUGUUAUAACGGUGCCAUUUUCGAAGGCUAUAAACGUGAAUUUCUUUCGCAUUUCUUUAAUUUUUUAAUUAUGUACAAAUAUAAUAUAUAAAAAAUAUCCAUGGCUGAGAGAUCCCACAAUCAGUACAUGUAUGUAAAAAAGGCCUCGAAUUAGAAAAAAUAAUCUACUUUUUCUAUUAUUUUAAAACAAAAAGUAUAAAGUUACCAUCUUUUGUAUUUAGUUAUAUGAUAUAAGCGUGAAUAUUAAAACAUCGAAGUUAUUUUGUUUGCUCCUAUAAAGUAUUGUUUCAUUAUAAGAAAAUUAAAUUUUCUUAUAAAAAUAAAAUUGUGGUUGUGUCGAUACACAUUUUAGAAUUA